AUGGCUGGCAGCCGAAGGGCGGGCUAUUCGCCAGUUUAUGCCGUUGUUGUCAUUAUAGCAAACUCUUUGAUGAUGAUUACGAUAAGCAAAAGUGAAAUACAAAACGGACAUCAAAUUCUUGACGGAUUUUCUCCAGAAAUGAGUGACAAGUCUUCUAAGGAUAACAUUCGGAAGAAGGAAGACAAGGAAGACAAGGAAGACGGCCUACAAGGCAUUGGGAAGGAAGCCUCUGUUUUUGGUAUAAAAUUAGAGUCUAAUUAA